GAGGUUUGUAGGAUAAACAGGUCAAGCCUACAAAGGAACACGCCUCAGAGAGUGAUCUUUCAACAUGGGAAGUUGCUAAUAAAUUCUCUCAGGUUUUUCCUCCCAUCUCUGUGGCAAUACACAGCAAGUCACCAUUAGUCACUAAAAGUAUUAACCAAUUCAGAUGAGAUUUGCUUGACCUAAAAUAUCAUUUCCUUUGUGCUACUUAACCAAAGAUGAUUAUGCAAUGAACGUCUAAAACACCACUUAAAGUGUUCUCUGAAGUAAAUCAUAUAUCAUUACAAACCAAACAAACAAAAAGAAAAAGAAAAACAAACAAAAACACAAAUAGGAUGGCAAAGUUCCCAGGUCCAGCCAUCAAAUAGAGGUAAUUCCAGGAGACUUAUUUGCAUACAGCACACAUCCGUGAAUGACCAAAACGCCCUCCAAGUUCUCAAGGUGGAGAAUGAAUAGAUACUUUUGUCCUUUCCUGAUGUACUAAAAGCAUGACUUUUUAUUAUUUUUUUUCCUUUUUAGUUAGUUGCAGACUCGAACUGAAAUAGAAAGAGGAGGUUUAACAUUUCUGUCAGAAAUGAGUGAGAGUUGGCACAAGCCCUAACUCCAGAGACUAAUGAAUUUUCUUCAGACCCAAGCCAACCCAUGAACCUUGGCUGGCUCACUAAUGUGGAGCUAACAGCUUUUACAGGAGUAGAUUGAGGUUGACAAUGUUGAGAAAAUAGGCCAUAAUUUUUACUGCAUUUGGUACUUCAUGAAAGUGAUCUUUCACUCAUACGAAUGACAUGUGGUUCGUAUCAAGAGAGAAUUAAACACAAUUUUCAUAUUAGCCACAGAGAAAUAUAUGUUUCAAUCAUUUUUCUUUCAGAAAAGAAGAGCUCAAAGCCAACUUGUGAACCACACCAACAAUCAAGGUGAUGGUGAAAGAUAGCUUGGCAGUUGAAACAGAAAUUCAACCACAUCUCUCACUGGAUCAUUUAUCCAGAAAUACCAUCAAGCUGCUGUACUUCCUAGAGACACUGAUGGUUUCCAUGACAGUGAAAGAGCUGACAGACGUACUGUCUCUGGGGCAGAGGAAAAAUAGACCCCACACAAAAUCAAAAGGGGAAGAUGCCUCAAAGUUCACAUAGAACUUCAGUCUGAACGAUUAAUUUUGCAGAGAACAGUACCAGCAGGUAUCUUCACAAGCUAGAUGUUUGCUUUCCAUUUCUGCCCUAUGGCUCCUUUGAACUAUACCACUUUUCAUGCCUCAGCUAAGUGCUGCAAUGGACCAAACUUUCUUUGUGCCAGAGAAAAAAAUUGAUAACACUCCAUUACUUCUAAGCUUCCCAGAGUUUGAUAGUUUUCUUAACAGACAGGGAGCAACCCAGAGAGCUGCAAUGCAGAUCACUGCAAUGCAAACAAGCAUGCCAUACUCCCUGUAAGGACUUGGAAGACUCCCAAGGGGACAUCUACUGUAAUUCAGGUGGUACUUUCCCAGUCUUUCAUGAACAGAAGGGUGUUGACUUGUUACAUUUAAUUCACCAAAGAAAAUGCAACAAAAGAAAAUCCAACUGUGGCUUAUAUUCCACAAAGCUAAAGACAAUAAAGUUAAUUUUCCUCUAGCUAAUAAGAGAAAACUAAGGAGGAUAAAGCACUCCUGGGACAGCACAGUAUACAAUAGAGGAGCUAAAACAUGGCUCCACAAGCAGAUUACGUUUACCUUGUCAUUACAAAAACUCAUCUCAAAACUUUUACAUACUCCGGGCUACUCUGCUAGCAUGUUCUAACAAGAGCUCCAGGCCUUCCUUAUGCAAACACGUCAGUAUGCCACCACUUAAGUGUUGCCAAUGAGAAGAAUGAAACUUCCAGUGACACAGAACAAUGAUGAAUGACAAAGCUCUCAGUUCCAUCCCGCACUGCUACCAGCAGUCACUACCCUGUGUGGUGCAGAUGGAAAUGUUCACUCUAGCAACAUGUGAGUAAGAGCGACUGCUCUGGAGCCCUGUCUUUGUUAAACAUUUGGAACAGACAAAGAGGAAAAUAUUUGGGAAGAGAAUUAGCGCUAUUUGCUUUUCAUUCAGUCAACCAUCAAACCAUAUUUUCUGCCUCAAUUUUCUGCUGCCUUUGGGCAAGAAAAGGCCAGGAUUUUCUGGUCUGUUCCUUUAAGGAUGUUGAAAGUGAGCCAGCGAGAAGUGUUCUCAGAGGUGGUGUCCUCACAACAAGUUGAACUACUAGAACAGGACAAGCAAGGAAGCCAAAUAGAGUCCAGAAGCCGCAAUUCACAGAGGACAGCUGAAGAAAGACUGUAGAUCCCAAAAGGGGACCUUUCCUGUGGAAACAAGAAAGGAGGGGCUCAAGCACACAAGUGUCAGCUAAGAAACCUCUUCCCCAGCUUUGCCAUGGGCUGCUGGAAUAAGGAAAACAACACCUGGACUUUUCCCACCCUGAUCCUCUGCCUCUACGGAUUCUUCUACAUGAUGAAGCCAUCAGAACCUUUUCUAACCCCUUACCUAACUGAACCAGAUAAAAACCUGACAAUAGAUGAGGUUACCAACCAGAUUUUCCCAGUUUGGACAUACUCCUACCUCGCACUCCUUGUCCCCGUCUUCCUGAUCACUGACUACGUGCGCUACAAGCCCAUCCUCCUCCUCCAGGGCAUCAGCUUCAUUGUCACGUGGCUCCUGCUCCUCUUUGCACAUGGGCUGGUGGCCAUGCAGGUGAUGGAAUUCUUCUACGGGAUGGUGACAGCCACCGAGGUUGCCUACUACGCCUACAUCUACAGCGUCGUCAGCACUGAUCACUAUCAGAGAGUGACGAGCUAUUGCAGGAGUAUCACUCUUGUUGCAGCCACCCUUGCUGCUGUGCUGGGGCAGCUCCUGGUUUCCUUAGCAGACGUAUCUUACUUUCACCUCAAUGCCAUUACUCUGGCUUCCGUCUCCCUGGCCUUUGCGUGCUCUUUUCUCCUCCCAAUGCCUCAAAAGAGCAUGUUCUUCCAUAGGAAGGGCGUCUCAGAAACCCUCCCACAACCAGGCAAAGUUGUGGCUGGGCUCAGUUCCAACACGUCAUUGAGCUGCCAAGAGGACAAUGACUGUGCAGCUGCUGACACGGGACCGACUCCAGCACAGCAGGCUCAGCAGCCCGAGCCCCAGCACCACGUGCUGAGAGUACUGGUGCAGCUGGGCAAGGACCUGAGGGAUUGCUACAGCUCUAGGAAGCUUCUUUACUGGUCCCUGUGGUGGGCUUUGGCUACGGCAGGCUUUAACCAAGUUGUGAACUACAUCCAAGUGCUGUGGGACUUCCGAGCCCCGUCCCACAGCUCUGCAGUGUACAAUGGAGCUGUUGAAGCAGUGGCAACAUUCUUGAGCUCGGUAGCAUCUUUCAUGGUAGCAUAUGUGAAAAUGAACUGGGACCUGUUUGGAGAACUGGCAUUAGGAAUCUUCUCCACAAUGGAUGCUGUUUCUUUAUUUCUCAUGCACUUUACUACCAAUAUCUGGGUGUGCUAUGCCAGCUACCUAAUUUUCAAGGCAAGCUAUAUGCUCCUUAUAACAAUAGCAACGUAAGUAUUAACCCUCACAGCUACCAUGACAUGCAUAAUAAUUACAAUACUUUAAGUUUACUUUGGGCAUCCCUCUUUUUACUCUCAUCUACUACGAGAUGCAAGUGUUCAGGUAAAAACAAAGACACUUAAGCGUCUACUUAUGUUCUAAGUAUCCUUCUAAACAAACAAAAGAAAAGUUAUUAAAAGAGCACUCAACAAUUGCCUAUGCAGAAGUUACUUUCCCCUUGCACAUACACUGGCAUAGGAGAUACAAAGCGAACCAGAGGGACAGCACAACCAUCUUGGAAAAGCUGAUCUGGAAAAAACAUCUUCUAAAAACCCCUCAUGUCUGGACCACUUUGCUGAUAUAUAUAAUCCUCAAAGAUAUUACAGUGUAAACAUGAAAUAAAAGAGCAUGGGGCAUUUAAAUUCAAACAAGACAUCUAAUGAAAUCAAGUUACUUAGUUGUCAGAAAUUGAAAAUAUAAUAUAUGCGAACCAUUUUUAUUACACCAUUUAUUGUAUUGAUAGGUUGCCUUUAGCAUAAAAUUUUACCAUACUACUUCUUUUAACAAAUAGCAAAUGCACUUUUGUGCCAAAACCAUAAUGAUCGAUUCAAUUA